AUGGAGCUCUUUCACCGCGAUCCGCAGCAUUGGCGGGAGAUCAUGCUACGGGAGCGGCACCACGAGGACGAGUUGUCCAUCGUCUUGGGAUUGGAUUUUGGCGGGACGGGAAUCAAGGGAGCGCCGGUGGACGUGGCGACGGGAACGCUGCUGCUGGAGCGUUACCGAAUCCCCACGCCCAAUCCCGCCACGCCUCAGGCCGUCGCUGACGUCAUCAGGCAGAUCAAGGACCACUUCCGAUGGGAUGGACCAAUCGGAAUUGGCGUUCCGUCUGUCGUCCGACGUGGCAUCGUCCGCAGUGCUGCGAACAUCGACAAGUCCUGGAUCAACAUCAACGCCGUCGAUCUCGUCCAACGCGCCACGGGCUGCCAGGUGGCAGCAAUCAACGACGCAGAUGCAGCAGGAUUCGCCGAGAUGAGGUUUGGCGCCGGCCGACCCUUGCAGCGGGAAGGCACGGUCCUGAUGACCACGUUCGGCACGGGGAUAGGCACGGCACUGUUCGUGGGCGGGCAUCUGGUGCCGAACCUAGAGAUGGGGCACAUAGAAGUGAACGGGGAAAUUGCCGAGAAGGUGGCCUCAGGAGCAGUGAAGGAGAAGUUGGAGAUGAGCUGGAAGAAGUGGGCUGGGCGGGUGAACGAGUACCUGGCUCGCAUGGAGCAUUACCUCCAGCCGGAUCUAAUUGUGAUUGGUGGAGGCAUCAGCAAGAAAGAUGAGAAGUUCCUACAUCUGCUGUCAGUGCCUGGGGGAACGCCCAUAGUGGCGGCGGAGAUGCGCAACGAGGCGGGCAUUGUGGGGGCGGCUGUGGGCGGCUCCAUUCUGCUCGGGGAGCAGCGCGCUGCCAGGGAAGCUGCCAGGAUUACACCCACUCUUCUCAGCUGA